AAAAAUGACGUGGAGUAAUAGGUUAUGAAUUUGUUGUACAUAAUAAUUAACGAUAAAUAUAAAAUUUUAAGUUUCAAUAUAUUUAUCAUUGAAUUUGCUAUUAAAUUAUCUUCAAAAUGAUAGAUAUAACGGACACCCAAAAAAUAGGCGUAGGCCUUGCGGGUUUUGGGAUGACCUUCCUGUUCCUUGGAGUCUUACUUCUGUUUGACAAAGGACUUCUAGCUAUUGGGAAUAUCCUGUUCAUAAGUGGCCUAGCCUGCGUUAUAGGUCUCCAAAGGACGUUCUUCUUUUUCUUCCAACGGCACAAGGUGAAAGCCUCCGUUGCUUUCUUCGGGGGCAUCACCAUUGUGUUGCUUGGGUGGCCCAUGGUCGGCAUGAUUGCUGAGAUUUAUGGAUUCUUGUUGUUAUUCAGAGGCUUCCUCCCAGCAGCCGUGAAUUUCUUACGAAUGGUUCCAGUAUUAGGGUCUUUAUUAAACCUGCCUAUCAUCAGAGGGGUACGUAGUCAAUCAUCAUUAUUAAUAUUUAUCGACUUUUGA